AUGGCAGUCCGCCUGCAGGAACUUCAGAGGAUGGUUGUGAAGCUGCGUUUCCUCGGCACCUUUGGAGCAGAAGCACUUGAUAAUGGAAGCGGUGGUGCUGCAGAUAAUGGUGCGUUGGGAAUAGGGGGAGCCGCAGAAGAUGGAAUACUAGGAAUUGGAGGUGCAGAAGACGGUGGGAUACCAGGAACAGCAGGUGCUGAUGAUAGUGGCGCAUUGGGUAUAGGAGGGGCCGCAACAGAGGGCAUCGCGCCCGGAAUUUGUGGUGCAUUCGACGAUGGAGAGAAUUUGGUGCUUGCAUCGUUAUUGACAUGUUUUAACUUCGGUAUCCCUCCAGCCAAAAUAUCCCCCAACUGUGGAGCACCCAUCCCAGGGACUGGAGGAGCUGACAUAGAGGGUCCUUUACUGCUAAUGGUGCUAGAACUGCCUGAGGCCGAUGAAACGGCACCACCUCCGACGAUUGGGGCACUUCUAUCAUUUGUUUCUGCUUUUUUUAAUUUCAUUCCCUUCCUAAUGUCACCUAAAAGGGCGUCACGUCCCUGCAUAACGGAUUUUGCUGGUUUAGGAGCACUACCACCACCCAAUGCUGGUGGAGGGGGUGGAGGAGGAGGAGCUGGAGCGCCUGCCAUUUCGAUAAUUGGUUGUAAAUAA